CAAUUGCCUCGCUAGUUGCUUCCAUCGCCCGGGGCCUUCCCCAGGCGAAAAAACCAACGUUAGCCAGAGUUGACACAGCUUCUCUCGUCGCACCGCAAUCGCGAAGCGCUUUGCCCAGGCCGCUCAUCCUAUAAUAUACGCUCAAACUAUACGUGGCUACUGCAAUUCAGUUAGGUCGGGCAGGAAAAGCUUCGCAGCUGUGCGUUAACAAGCCCUGGCGCUCGGCGACUUGUAGAUGAGCAGAAGUUUCUACACACAAGGCACGAAGCGGAUACGGUCUCGGUUCAACACUCUCUGGCUCAGAGCCGCGAGUGCGUGGCGAGGCCAACGACCUCUGGUCUCCACAGUUUCGCAGUCUCGCAGUCUUGGUGCUCGCUUCAGUUUCCAGCGCCUGCACGUGGGCGCCAACUCCCCCACCGGACCCGGGGCGGGCGCGGGCGCGGGCGCCCUCGCCUACCUGGCCAGCCACUCGCAAAGCAGCAGCCUGCACGGCAGCACAGCCGCGGCUGCGGGCGGCGCCAUGGCUAGCACCGGCGAGCACGCGGCACGCUCUGAAGGGCAGCCCGCCAAGGAGGCGCCGGCGGUGCCCUGGUGGACUCGCUACACACGCUGGCGCCAGACAUCCCGGCAGGAGGGCAAGGACGCCGAGUACAAAGUGAUGAGGCUGUUCCCGGGGCCGGCCGGCCCAUUGCAAGCGAGCGACGUGCCUGUUGGUCCGGGCCGCGAGGACUUCCUGCACACGCUCAGCGGCGGCCAGCAGGGCGUGGACCCGCCCGUGGUCAUGAUGCCGGGCUACGGCGCCGGAGUGGGCUUCUACUACCGCAAUUUCCCCAGCCUGGCUCAGCGGCUGCGGCUGUUCGCGGUGGACUGGCUGGGCACGGGCCUCAGCGGGCGACCGGCGUUCCGCGCCAAGGGCCGCGAGGACGCCGAGGACUUCUUCAUCAACAGCCUUGUGACGUGGCGGCGGGCGGCGGGAUUGGAGGGAAGCAAGAUGAUCCUGGUGGGCCAUAGCCUGGGCGGCUACCUGGCGGCCACAUAUGCGCUGAGGCACCCCGAGCACGUGCAGCACCUGGUGCUCGUGUGCCCUGCCGGAGUGCCCAAGGCGCCAGAGGACUGGGAGCGCCAGUGGCUGGGCGAGAAGUGGACGUGGCGCGGCCAGCUGUUCAAGGUGUUCAUGCGGGGCUGGGAGGCGGGCAUCACGCCCGGCUCCAUCAUCCGCGGGCUGGGCCCCUGGGGGCAGAGCCUGGUGUACAAGUACGUGGCCAACCGGUUCAGCCACCACGGGGAGGGCCUGUCCGAGCGCGAGAUCGAGGUGUUCAAGCAGUACUUCUACCACAUCGCGGCGGCGCCAGGCAGCGGCGAGUUUGCGCUGCGCCACCUGCUGGCCCCCGGCGCCUGGGCGCACUCGCCGCUGGAGGAGCGACUGCACGAGCUCAAGGUGCCCGUCACCUUCAUCUACGGCAAGCACGAUUGGAUGCGCCCCGAGCACGCCGUGCGCCUGUGCGAGCAGCUGCGCACGGAGCGCGCACCCCGCGCGGCGCACGACCUGUCGGUGGAGAUCAUCGACGACGCCGGCCACUUCGUGUUCCUGGACCAGCCCGAGCUGUUCGACAAGGCGCUCAUGUCGGUGGUGGCGCCAUACCUCAAAACCGCAAGUCAGCGCAGCAGCGCAAACGCCUACGCCGCGGCCGGCACGAGCGUCCACGUGGCGCCGGAGGCGGGCGCUGCUGCUGCGGCGGCGGCGGCCGGGGGCGCGCCGCUGUCGGGCGCGGCGGCCACGAGCUGGGGCUUCGCGGCCAGCGGCGCCGGCCAGGGCCAGGCUCAGCAGCAGCAGGAGGAGGCCGUGGACGCGGAGGGUGUGCAGCUUGAGGUGGGCGAGGAGGAUGAGUCGGGGGCCGCGCGUCCAGCGGUCUCGGGUGGUGGUCGGGUGCGGUAACGCUCAAACCUGGGCAGGCGGCAAGACUACCUACCGCAGCACUGCUUUUAGUGGCGUGCUGUUUGAUCGCUGUAGUGACGCCAUGUACGGAUGUGGGUAGGCUGGGGAAGACCUCAUAGCCUCAUUCAUUGCUGCGUGUUGCGUUUGUAUGAUAAACUACCGUAUGGUUGCAGUGUGAUAUUUCUAGAUGCCAGGGAUCGUGACCCUAGCCACUAACCCCUACGCGCAAGGGAGCGCGGAUGGCGCUUUUGCCAUGUCCUCGACUGUUACGCAUGCGUCCUAGGGUCCUGCAACCGAAUAGGCGUGAAGGGGAUGGCCUGUUUGCACCGGCUGCAUGGUAUGGCCCCCUGCGCGUGCGCCCAACACGAUGAGCCUUUGGUCGAAGACUAUGGAGCGAUAAUCUGGAGCAGAGCGAAGCAUGUGAUAGCUGAGAGCGGCCGGGCAUGGGUUUGCAAAGCGCUCUGUGUUGCUUGCGUUGUGUGUGUUUCUGUCAGUCGCUUGCACAGCUGCAAGCUUGUAGCGCUGUGAGUGGGUCGUGUGUUGCUUCGUAGGUGCUGUUUGGGUUGUCGUGUGAAGAAACAAGCUGCAAGGUUUGUAGGUACCACAUCGUAGGCCGUUAGGUUGGCAGUUCACAGAGCACGGGCCGGGUAUGUCGCACAUGGCGUUACGGAGUGCUGCGUUUCGGAGAAUGGUGCUGUCAUGCACGUGCAUUGUAAGGGCCUCAGACU